AUGGGCCUGAUCUGGCUUCUGCUGCUCAGCUUGCUGGAACCCGGCUGGCCCGCGACGGGGCCCGGGACACGGCUGCGGCGCGAUGCGGGCGGCCGUGGGGGCGUCUACGAGCACCUCGGCGGGGCGCCCCGGCGCCGCAAGCUCUACUGCGCCACCAAGUACCACCUCCAGCUGCACCCCAGCGGCCGCGUGAACGGCAGCCUGGAGAACAGCGCCUACAGCAUCCUGGAGAUUACUGCGGUGGAAGUGGGCGUGGUGGCCAUCAAAGGGCUCUUCUCUGGGCGGUACCUGGCCAUGAACAAGAGAGGACGGCUGUAUGCUUCGGAGCACUACAAUGCAGAGUGUGAGUUCGUGGAGCGGAUCCAUGAGCUGGGCUACAAUACUUAUGCCUCCCGCCUGUAUCGCACAGGGCCCAGUGGGCCAGGGACUCGGAGGCAGCCUGGUGCCCAGAGACCUUGGUACGUGUCUGUAAAUGGCAAGGGUCGGCCACGCAGGGGCUUCAAGACCCGCCGCACACAGAAGUCCUCCCUCUUCCUACCCCGAGUGCUGGGCCACAAAGACCAUGAGCUGGUGCGGCUGCUGCAGAAUGGCCAGCCACGAACCGCGGGAGAGGGCAGCCAGCCCAGACAGCGGCGGCAGAAGAAACAGAGCCCAGGAGACCAUGGCAAGAUGGAACCCUUGUCUCCUAGAGUCGCUCCAGGCACCCAUCUGGAGACAGGUGAACUGGCUGUGGCCUAA